CCGGGGAGGACGGACGGAUGGCGUGGGACGGGCCCUGCGGGGACGGACGGAGCAGCCUUUUGUCUCACACCUUUCCUCCCCUGCCGCGCUUCCUCUUAGGUCCGCUCGCCAGCCGCCGCUGCACUGGGCAGCAGCAGCCCCGACCUCCCGGAAAGCUGGCUCCCUGCGCCAUGGUCACCCACAGCAAGUUCCCCAGCGCCGGGAUGAGCCACCCGCUGGACACCAGCCUGCGCCUCAAGACGUUCAGCUCCAAGAGCGAGUACCAGCUGGUGGUGAACGCCGUGCGCAAGCUGCAGGAGAGCGGCUUCUACUGGAGCGCCGUGACCGGCGGCCAAGCCAACCUGCUGCUCAGCGCCGAGCCUACCGGCACCUUCCUCAUCCGGGACAGCUCCGACCAGCGCCACUUCUUCACCCUCAGCGUCAAGACCGAGUCCGGCACCAAGAACCUGCGGAUCCAGUGCGAGGGGGGCAAGUUCUCCCUCCAGAGCGACCCCCACAGCAGCCAGCCGGUGCCUCGCUUCGACUGUGUCCUCAAGCUGGUCCAUCACUACAUGCCCCUCCCGGAGCAGCAGCCUGGCGAGGCCUCACACCCCAAACGUGCCUACUACAUCUACUCAGGUGGAGAGAAGAUCCCCCUGGUGCUGAGCCGGCCACUCUCCUCCAAUGUGUCCACGCUGCAGCACUUGUGCCGCAAGACGGUCAAUGGGCACUUGAACUCCUAUGAGAAGAUGACCCAGCUCCCAGCUCCCAUCAAAGAAUUCCUGGACCAGUACGACGCACCCUUCUAGAGGGUUUCCUGAAGGGGGAGCACAUGAUGCAAGCACAAAAAAAGAGAGGAACACGUGAAUUUAAAAGCAGGACAGGAUGAACAAGGAACAUACAGGGCAACAUGGAGCCACCUUCUAGCUUGUGGAAUAAGAGAAGGGAUGGGCCUCUGGCCAGCACAAAGACUGUCUUGCUGUUGUUAGUACGGGAGGGUUUGCCAAGGGGUGCUUUCUGGGAGAGAUGGCUGCUGCUGGACUAUGGAAUGGGCUGCUGCUCCAAGAUACAAUUGCCCUUGCCUGCUGCAGCCCACUAAAGACUUUGGUCUGCGUAGGGCUUAUGCUGGGUAUGAGAGAAUGGUUUGCCAUCUCCCUAACCAACAGAACUUUUUUCGCUCUGCACUGGCCCUGCCACCACCGCCUCUUCUAACCUCUGACCAAAACCAUUCUGUAGACAAUGGAAUAAAUGCACUGGAAUCCAGCUAGUGCCUGAAGACUGAUUUUCCUCAGUUUUAAGGGGAAAUCUUUUUUAAAUAAAAAUUUUUACUUUACCUCUCUCAUGCUCCUUGAGGGGCAGAAUCUUUUUUCACCCCAAGCCUGUUCCUCAAAGGAUGCUGGCAUGCAUUCAUUCAAGGGACUAAGCUGUGGAAUCCACAUCCUGCUCUUAUUCCUUGGAUUUACUGCACAUCACAUGGGGACAAUGCCAUUCACUCUCUGGGCCAUUAUGUAAGCAAAGGAGGACAUGCUUCUGAGAAGCUGCAUCACUGCUUUGAAAACAUCCAAAUGGAUAAGAAAUGAUCUAGCCACUUCCCCCAAAGCGUUGUUCCACUUUAGCUUCUCCUACCUAGACCAAUAAUGUCUUGCCUUCAUUCUUGGGUUUCCAGUUCCUCAAAGAGUGGUCUCCCAUCUACAGCAAGGAUUGUGGAUUUGUUGGGCCCUUAACUGCACUGAAUAACUGAAACAUACAGGAAUGUAGCAACAACAGAAUUACCUGGAACUCUAGCAUAAGUUUUUUUGUUUUUUUAAAAAAACUGUAACCAAAAUUUUGUGUGUUCAUUUUCAUUUUUUUCCACAUCAGGGUUUUAGAAGGGCAGAUGAGGUUUUGUUUUUACAGAAAAGAAAUGUUUACAGUCCUGCCUAAAAUCAUUCUGUCUUUUAUAAAGAUUCCACCCUUCAGCCUUGCAGGCUGUUAGACAUGCUUGAAGACUCAACCAAAAAUCAAAUGCGGAAGAAAACUUUGCACAUCUAUUUAUAUUUAUAUUCAAGGGAUUUUGAAACAAAACAUUCAUUUAAUUUAUAAUAAAG